GCCCCAGGUCGGACGAUCAGGCUUGAGAGUGUAUGCCGACGUAUUUCGGCUUGAAGGCCUUAAGCCAUGUUUUGGCUGCGCUAGAGGAAAACCACGCGCGUUCGAAUCCUGUUUGCUUUGGAUUCCACAGUGGCCGGCUGCAAGUCCCCUGGCGCAGGGCUGGCGCGACCCAAGGGACGAUCCAAGGGUCAGACACGACCAAACAGGUUCGGGCGACAGAGACUUUGAAUACAGAGCACCUGGCCGCUGAAGAUGAAGCAGCAGCACAUGAAGUGUUGACAGUUGCAGUUGGUGAUACAUUUGCCACUCCGCUCUCCGAAGUGUUGGCACAGCAGCAUUUGCAAAAGCGGGACAUCCCUCGUUUGGCUCAGGACAAAAGAUUUGUUGGAGCUUUAGACAAUGCUUGCAACCGGACCUGCGCUGGUUCUUUUUGGUUGGUAUUUUACCUUCAAGCCCUUCAAGCAGCUCCCAAACCCAUCCAAGACCUCGUGACCACGAUUGAAGAAGAUGAACUUUUUCGUUUUGGGAAUGGUGGCGCGCAGAAGAGCAAUGUGAGGUAUAGGUUGCCAAUGGCUUUGGGUUCCACCUUGGUCCUGGUUUGGGUAUCGAUAGUUCCUGUUCCUUCGUUGGGCCUCCUUCUUGGUCGUGAUUUCCUUUCAGGGAUUGGAGCAGUUCUUUCUUUCAGCCGGAAGAAACUUCGAGCCGACCUCGCCACUUCUCACUGCCGCUCCAGCCUUCGAUGUGGCCACGUCCGGGAUCCCAACGAUGGCGUCGUUUGGGACGAUGGCAUUCACCUUGUCACUGAACAUGGUUUGAAAGCUGCUACUUCUGCCGGGGAUCAAGGGAUGCUCAAGCUACGACAUCUCCCCCGACUACAUCCUCUUCGACGUCCCCUGAUCGUGCAGGAUCUUUGGAUCAGCAUGGAGCAGCAGGCGCACGAGCACCACGACCUGACGAAGUUCGAGUACACGAAGGUGGUGCUGCGACGGCGAAGACUCAUUCUUCGCUUCCGCGAAAAGGCCGCUUGGCGCGGACAUGGGUUGCUCUUAUGGCUGUUGCCUCGGCCGCAUCUGCGGUACGCUCCUUUUCCGUACCCAAGCAUCAGCCACACCAAGCACUGGCAGGACCAAGCCGAGGCGAUGUAUUUGCAGAGGCCCAAGGCCCUGAUGCAUCACCAUUGGCGCCGAGCUCGCAUUCAAGAUGUGCCAGUGUAUACGACCAAGAACCUGUUGGAACUUGGUCAAUUCCGCAAUCGAGUUGGGCUGGACUUCGCCUUCAUGGAGGACAACCUGCUCCAGGGCAUGUUGGCGGCUCGCUCUGGGAAGGGCAUCAAGGCUCAGCUCAAGAGAGAGGCUGCAUUGAUGCCAGGUGAACAGCGCCAAUUGCGAGCGCUUCUGGGAAGCCUUCAGUGGCUGGUAGCUCAGGUCAGAUUUGACAUCCAGUUCCAGUUGUCAACCUUGCAAGGUGCCUCACAGAUCAUAGAGACGCUGAUUCGCGCGAACGCCCUUGUGAAAAAGGCGAAACAGCAUGCCUCGUUCUUCCUGAACUUCAAGCCGCUGGACCUUCGUGAUGCAGGCAUUUUAGUUGUCUCAGACGCUUCAUUGGGCAAUGUCACCAAAGAAGGCUGCAACCAGGGAGAGUCCAUCAAGAAAGUCUGCAGCCAAGCUGCCUAAUUACUUUGUCUUGAUCGCGGACCGCGACCUCAUGGCUGGCAGAGAAGAAAGCUUUGCAAUCCUUGACGCGAGAUCGCAUAGACUCAACAGAGUCUGCCGCUCGACCUUUGCCGCAGAAAUCCUCGGAAUAGAGGAAGCGAUGGACGCAGGGCAAUACUGCCGUGGAGUGCUGAGAAGAGCUUUCGGGCAUCCGCUCGAUAGAAAGCCCUGUGACCUCAGCACCAACUCAGUGGCGAUGACUGUUGUGACUGACGCAAAGGAUGCCUACGACAAGCCCCGCUCUGAAACCCCAAGCUAUGGUUCUCAGAAAAGCCUAGCCUUCAGCAUCAGCUGGAUUCGCUCAAUGUUGGGCAGAAGCAACACUGCCAUUAGGUGGACAGCCACCGAGAACAUGCUGGUGGACUGCGGGACGACAGAGCUCGACCCAAGUCAUUUGCACAAAAUCCUCAA